UCUGCGCGACGACCACAACCCGCAGCGUUGUACGCGCCCGGUCGAGUUGCCCAUAAUUUUCCCCCGUUGGAAAUUUAGUUUACGGAUUUUUGUCUUUUUCUCUUCCUUCCAAAAACCCUCAAAUCUCCGUCGACAUAAAAUUGUACAUCGCAUAUUGUGUUUGAACUCGUGUCAUUACUCUCUUGUCCGUAAUAUUGUUUCGUGCGCGCGCUAAAAUACCCGUCGACCUACUGCAUGCCAUUUAUCGUUCCACCUAAACAGAAUAGAUCACCUGCAAGUGCGUGUGGCACAUAUCACGUGCACGCUAUGAUGGUCUUGUUUUGAAACGUAAAAAAUUAAAAAUUAAAAAAAAACUCUUAAUUACCUUACAAAAAACAGCGUUUGAUCGGAAAAAUUACAGAAACUGAUUGACUGCUUCGCAGAAAAUAGCCAAAUCCAGAAAUUUAAUUUGUGAAAUUUCCGAUUUUAUUGACAGAACCCUAUCACAUAAGCUGCAUGUAUUGUCCGAUACAACGAUCUUUUGACGUAAUGUAUAAGAGGAGGUGAUGACAGCUGCCCAACAACAAGGCAUGGAUACGACGAUCGCCAUGUCGUCGGAAGACCACGAAGACAACGAGCCAUCUAGUUCGAGAGAUCUAUCAUGCAUUCAAGAUUCAUUACCAGGGAUAGCACACAGAGUUUUUAGAAAAACUGCCCAGAACAAUAAGCUGUGUUUAUAUUUGGGUAACAGAGACGUAGUGGUGUCCAACAAUUCAUCCACAAAAAUACACGGGAUCGUAUUAGUGGAACCAGAUCUAUUAAGGGAUACAAAGAAAAAGGUAUUUGGGCAAAUAACAUUAACUUUCCGUUAUGGGAGAGAAGACGAGGAAGUAAUGGGAUUGAAAUUCUGUAACGAAGCAAUCAUGUGUUUAGCACAAAUUUAUCCACCUCACGAAAAUGCACAACGUGAACAAAACACACCAUUACAGGAAAUGCUUAUACAAAGACUGGGAAGCAAUGCUCAUGCGUUUUCAAUGGAAAUAACUCAUUUAGCUCCACCUAGCGUCCAAUUAGUUCCUGCCAAAGAAUACAAUGGUGCUCCAAUAGGAACUAGUUACGACAUACGAGUAUACAUAGCCGAGAGGGCAGACGAAAAGCUACAGCGAAAAAAUAUCGUAAAAAUGGGUAUCAAAGUAGUUCAAAUGGCUUCAGCGCCACCACCACCUACACCUACACCCAGAUCAGAGCAGCCAAAAGGUUGGCGUCAAAGAGGACCACAAGCUACUUCAGAGAAACCGUUUUUACUUAGUGACGGUAAAGUUACUUUAGAGGCAAACCUAGACAAAGCUAUUUAUACACACGGUGAUCCAAUUCACGUGAAUAUCAGCGUGAAGAACACAAGUAAAAAAGCCGUUAGAAGAAUAAAGGUGUUCAUCGUACAGCAUGUCGACGUAUGCAUGUUCAGUAACGGUAAAUUCAAGAACACAGUGGCAUCGGAUGAAUGUGCAGAUGUACCAAUACCCGGCAAUGGUGGUUCACUCGAAAAAGAAUACCUACUACAUCCUAUCAAAGCAAGAACUAAAAAUUGGAUAGCAUUAGAGGACUCGUUGGGGUCUGCCAUAAAUAAGUCGGAAGGCACGUUGUCCAGUACAGUGGUGUGCGUAUCACCAGAGGACAGAAACGUGUUCGCCAUUUACGUCACGUAUUACGUUAAAGUUAAACUUUUAAUAGGCGCCAUGGGCGGUCAGAUGUCACUCAAAUUACCGUUUACGUUGAUGCACACACCAUCAAAUACUUACCCGGCAGAAUGCAAGGAUGCUUCAUGUGCAUCAUUGGGACCCUGUUUAAUGGUAGACAGUAAAGAAGCAGCCAUGACAUCAGAAGAACAGUGCACCAAUAACUUAGCGCUCUGAGGAUUAAUCCAAUCGGCCGAUAAUCGAGAUAUUCGUUCGACACCUACAAUAACCACGGCCGAUCAAAAUGCCGAAAAUCAUCACGAAGACAACCGAUUUAAAUUUAAAAGGAUUUUAUGUUGUUUUAAUAACAGCAGAUAGUGUUAGGGGGACCAACUAAAAAGUUUUAUUGUUAUUUUUGUCAAACAUUUUUAUAUUAAAUAAAAUAGAUUGUAUAUAGUAGAUACCUCUAUUCGAUUACAUUAAAAACCAUGUUUGUAUAAUAGUUAAAAAUUUAAUUUAGAAAAAAAUAUAACAAUAAUCAAAUUCAAUAUUAGCCGAAAAUAAUUGACAGUUUUUAGGAUAUGUCUUCUUUAUUAUAACGACUGAGAUUGUCAAUUUGAAUAAUACAAUCUCUUAAAACUAAAGAACAUGUUACCUAUAACCAGGCUGAUUUGUUGCAGGGUAGAGUAUUUUUACAAUUUAAGAACUGUACAGUAUUAUUCUAGACAAGCCAUAUUCUAAAAUCCAAUGGAGCUCAAUAAUCUAUUUAAUGCUUCUAUUAAAAUGAUUUUUUCAAUAGUCAUAUUUAAGCAAAUAAAAUUAAGCACAGCAUUAAUAACCAA